AUGGAGAGGCUCUAUUAUUGCAUGGAAUUUGAUCUCACUUUCUGUGAGUGUUCUCCCAUUUGUAGAGAUCAUUGGUCAGCUGUUGCUGCUAGGAAGCCAUGUGGAUGUAGAUCAGUUUACAUUGAGCUUCAUGUGUGGCUGAAGCCUGUUGAUGUCGAUCUGUUCAGCUUAUUGAUUUGCCUUGGCUUUGAGAAUCCAUCUCAACCAUGUCCUGUUGGAACUUCUUCUGAUGUAGUUGGUGCUGUCAGUGGUGCUACUUGUCAGGUGUGUCCGUAUGGGACUGUCAGUCUGACGAGUGGAUCUUCUACUUGUGUACCUUGUCCUGCUGGUUACGCGUGUCCUAAUGCUACAACUGUGGUGGAAUGUGGUGCUAAGACAUACUCGCUGAAUGGAAGUACUAACUGUACAGCUUGCCCUGAGGAUCAGAUAUGUCCAAGUGUGUUCGAACCUCCACAACUGUGUGCUUCUGGGUAUUUUCCAAAUUCUGAACAAGAUCUUUGCAUUGAAUGUCCAGCAGGUCAUGAGUGCAUUGACCCAGCUAUCGAUCCUCAACCGUGUCCGAGUGGAUUCUACAGCCUCGAUGCUGUAUCGUCCUGUUUUCCGUGUCCAGCUGGUUACUCCUGUGUCAACACUUCCAACCUUCCUGUUUUAUGCAAACAAGGCAGUUAUUCAUACAAUGCCAGUGUUGAGUGCAUCGAAUGUCAUCUCGGCACUUACUGUCCAUCGAAUGCGUUAACAUCUCCAUUGUCAUGUCCUAACGGCACAUACUCAAACAUGACAGGUGCCUCUUCGUGUGUGGAUUGCCCUCCAGGUCAUAGAUGUGAAGAUCCGACUUCUCGUCCGAUCAAAUGUGAUGCCGGAUAUUUCAGCCCACAAAGCAGCGUGAGCUGUUUUCCAUGUGCUUACGGUCAAUACACAACGAACGACACAAGUGAAGUGUGCAUAGAGUGUCCAUCAGGCCAUGCGUGUUUUUCACCAGCUGAAACCCCUAAACCAUGUGCAGUUGGCUAUUAUAGUACGAGUGGCACGCCAGAGUGCAGAGAGUGUCCACGUGGAUUUUAUAGUGACAAAACGGGAUCAUCCGACUGCCGUCCAUGUGAGACAAAUCAUUAUUGUCCAUAUGGCAAUGCAUCGUUGCCUUGUCCGAGUGGCUUGUUUAGUGCAAACGAGUCGAUUACAUGCUAUACUUGUCCAGCUGGAUUCGAAUGCAAAGACGGAGACCAGAAAACAUGUGUAGCUGGGCAGUAUUCACCUAAAAGGGAUGAUGAAUGUCAUGAUUGUCCUUCUGGCUCUUAUUGUCCUUAUGACACAUUAGCAAGCCCAAUAAGCUGCCCUUUUGGCUACUAUAACAACAUCACAGGAGCUGUGAACUGCACUGUGUGUCCAGCAGGAUACGAGUGUCCUCUUGUAAACGAACUUCCGGUUCCCUGCAUGGCAGGAAGCUUUAGUCUGAGUGGAUGGACUUCGUGUUUGACAUGUUCCGAUGGGUAUUAUCAAUCGUCUACGCGUCAACAGAGCUGUGAAGUCUGCCCGGAUGGGUCAGAAUGUCCUGAUCCUUCAAGGGACCCAAAAUUGUGUCAACCAGGAACAUAUAGUAACGUCCCGGCUCAGUCUUGCAUUGCAUGUCCAAUCGGAUAUUAUCAAGAUGAAGCUAAUGCAACAAGCUGCAUUAUCUGCCCAGGUGGCUACAAAUGUCCUAAUGCCAGCUCAUCACCAGAGGUAUGUUUACCGGGCACGUACAGUCACGUAGGUUCCACAUCAUGCACACCAUGUGCACCAGGCUACUACGCUGACCAACACAAUCAAACAAACUGUACGGCUUGUCCAGUUGGAUCAAAAUGCCCCGACUCGUCUCGUCGUCCGGUCAACUGUACAGCUGGAUACUUCAGCGAUGACGUUGCAUCUCGAACUUGCACAAGAUGUAGCUCGGGGUUCUACCAGAAUGUGAGCAAAUCUGAUCACUGUAAUGAGUGUCCGGCUGGUUACUCGUGCUCAGACCCGUCAAUGUCACCUAGACCUUGCUCUGAUGGAUUCUAUAGUGGCGCUGGAGAGGCUACGUGUACUGCAUGUCCACCUGGAUUUGGCUGCCCAAAUCGAACGGCUUCUAUUCCGUGUAAUCGAGGAGAAUACUCACCUGGACGAAGUCUCAACUGCUUUCCCUGUCUAUUGGGUACCUACUGUCCACAUGUACAAAUGACAACAUAUUUUCACUGUCCUGGAGGACACGAGUGUAGUAAUUCAUCUGCGAUGCCGCAGGCAUGUCGUCCUGGAACGUUCUCGUUUAACGGCACUGUAGACGGAUGUGAAGUGUGUUACGUUGGCCAUCAAUGUCCAGAGGAAGGAAUGACAGCUCCACAGCCGUGUCCAGAUGGUUUCUACUCGAACGAGACGAAUCGCGAGACGUGCACGCCUUGUCCAAAAGGUUCCUUCUGCUUGGCAAAGUCCAUAGCUCCAACAAGGUGUCUACCAGGAAUGUACUCUCUUCCACAAUCAUUGACCUGCUUGUCAUGCCCGGGAGGUUAUCACUGCAAUGAUCCAGCUGCAGCGCCACAAAUAUGUCAGCCAGGAACGUUUGCAUACAAUGGAUCGUAUGGUUGUAUUGACUGUUUGAAGGGCACUCAUUGCCCACGUGAAGGUCUCAGUGAGCCGGAGUCUUGUCCCAAUGGGACGUAUGCAAACACAACAGGCUUGUCAGACUGUCUACAAUGCCCUGAAGGACGCCGUUGCCCACAGAGUGACGAAACACCAGAGAGAUGUGAUCGAGGAACAUACAGCAUCACAGGUCAAACGAGCUGCACAUUGUGUGCUACUGGUUAUUAUGCAGACAUGAGAGGAAUGGCGGAGUGCGUAGAAUGUCCUGCCGGCUUCAGAUGUCCCCACAAAGAUAUGAUGCCAGAGAGGUGCCCGGAUGGAACCUAUAGUACGAAUGGCUCGACUUCAUGCACAACUUGUCCAGCUGGUCAUGAGUGUCCCACAGGUGAUCGUCUGCCGUCUCCGUGUGCUGCUGGUACGUUUGCAACUGAGGGAAAUACGACUUGCUAUGUGUGUCCACGUGGUCAUCAUUGUCCUCACAAUCGGACUCAUACUCCAAUACAAUGUCCACUUGGUUAUUAUGCAAAUGCUAAGUCAUCUGAAGACUGUGAACCUUGUCCAGCUGGAUUUGAGUGCCCUUUCAGACAUCUCACGCCAGUGCCUUGCUUACUUGGUCAUUACAGCCCUUCAGAGUCUGAGCAAUGUUUCCCAUGUUCAGUAGGUUCUUAUGCUAAUGAGACUAAAUCGAAUGCGUGUACACCUUGCCCUGCUGGCUAUGAAUGUUCUAAUGCCACGAAGAAGCCACAAAUUUGUCGUGCUGGAACGUUCAGGUGCCCGGAUGGAUUCUAUGCAAAUGUAUCAGGCAGUGCCAACUGUACUGCGUGUCCUGCUGGAUUCGAAUGCCCCGAUCCGGCAGACUCGCCAAUACUUUGUGUUAGCGGACAUUUCAGUCUUGACAAGCAGACCAGCUGUAGCCAGUGUCCAUUUGGAUACAGCUGUUCAGCUCAGGAUGUCAGUCCCAUUCAAUGUGAGGCCGGAUUUUACUCAGCAUUAGGGCAACUUGGAUGCUCGCCGUGUCCUCCAGGUUCCUUCUGUCCAAAUCGUCCACUAGCUGCUCCAAUUGAGUGUUCACCUGGCUAUUACUCUAUUGAACCGAAAGUGACUGAAUGCACAGAAUGUCCAGCAGGUAGCCGAUGCCCUAAUCGUGCAGAAAGUCCAAUUGCUUGCAGUGUUGGAUACUUCUCCUCUAUCAAGGGACAAACAGUAUGUACUCGGUGCCCAAGUGGUUACUAUGCAAUCAUCAACGGGUCGACUGACUGUUUGAAGUGUCCUGCAGGAUCGAAAUGUUCUCACUCUAAUGUCGCUCCAGAGCUGUGUGAUCCAGGGUAUUUCUCACCAACCGGUUCAGUGCAGUGUUAUCCAUGUCCCAAUGGUAAGUCGUGUAAUGAACCAUCGCAAGAGCCUCACUUGUGUGUGAUGGGUGAAUACAGCAACACCACUCAUUGUGUGCGAUGUCCAAAGGGAUUUUACUGUUCUCAACCAUUGGCACUUCCUAUUGCUUGCGAGUCAGGACAAUACACAGACAGAACAGGAGCAACAAACUGUGAUGCUUGUCCUCCUGGUCACGAAUGUGUUGAUAAAUCUGAGACACCAUCUCAAUGCCCACCAUCGUAUUUCAGCCCUGGAGGUCAAGCUGCGUGUUCUCCUUGUGUGUCAGGUACAUACAGUGAUUCUGGAGCAUCAAAUUGCUAUGAAUGUCCCGCUGGAAAGACGUGCUUGAAUGGCUCAAUUUCCAUCAUGCCAUUGAACUGUUCAGCAGGAUAUUACAGCUCAGUAGGCUCUGGGAGAUGUUACCCGUGUCCAGCUGGGACAUUUAGUUAUGAAAGGUCACAUAUUUGUGUGCCAUGUCCACGUGGAUUUGUCUGUCCUGAUCCGUCUGAUCCUCCACUGAGAUGCUCAGAUGGUACAUGGAGUCCUGGUGGGAAGACGCCUUCUUGUUUGACGUGUCCAGCUGGAUGCCAAUGCCCAAGUCCGAGUAAUACACCAGAUGUGUGUCCUUCAGGAACAUAUGCGCCUGCAGGAAAUACAACAUGUACACCAUGUCCAGCUGGGAUGUCAUGUCUCAAUCCUGCUCAUGCACCAGUCUCGUGUGCUGAUGGAGAGUACAGUGCAGAAGGGGAAGCAACGUGUCAUGUUUGUGCGGCUGGGUUCAACUGUACAUUCACCAAUCAACCAGCAAUCAUAUGCAGUCCAGGCUAUUACUCAUCCGUUCGAUCAGCUGGUUGUGUUAUUUGUCCACCUGGAUUUGCUUGUUCAAAUCCACGUUUCCCACCUGUUGCGUGUGAACUUGGCCAGCACACUGAUGCACUUCCAGGUGCCACUUCAUGUAAGGACUGCAGUCCUGGUGAAGAAUGCCCAGACCCAGCAGCGCCUGUCAUUACUUGCAGCAAUGGAACAUACAGCCUUGUGAGAGCAACAGCAUGCAUAGUAUGUCCAGCAGGAUAUGAAUGCCCUACAACAAGAGAGAGACCAGUCAUAUGUGAGACAGGUUUCUAUAGUGCUGAUGGUGCCACAGCAUGUACGAAGUGUCCAGCAGGGAAGGCAUGCCCGUCAACAGCUAAUUCAAAUGAUGUCAUACAGGACUGUCCGUUGGGGACGUACUCAACUGGUGGCCAAGUGAUCUGCACUCCUUGUCCUGCUGGGAAGUAUUGUCCAAACACAACAAUGGCCAUUAGCUAUGACUGUGAAGAAGGCAAGUACUCUCUCGGAGCAGCAGCGACUUGUACCGAUUGUCCAGCAGGUUGGCAAUGUCCUGACAAGAAUGGAGACGAAAACGUUCGUUGUCCACCAGGAAAAUUCUCAGUAGGAAAUGCCACCGAAUGUACUUCUUGUCCUAUAGGUAAGGCAUGUCCGUAUACAAACAGUAACCUCUCGAUUGAUUGUCAGCCAGGAUUCUACUCAAUGGGGGAACAACAAGCUUGUACAUGCUGCCCACCAGGACAUGCCUGUCCGAGUCCAACUAAAAAGAUGGUAAUACUCUGUGACCCUGGAACAUAUAGUGUUGGUGGUCAGGCAGAGUGCACUCUGUGCAAGGCAGGAACUGCAUGCCCAUCUGUUCAUGACAAUUUGGUGAUUGUAUGCUCUCCUGGGACUUAUUCUAAUGAAAAAUCGACUUCAUGUACUCCUUGUCCUGCUGGAUCACAGUGUAGUAACAACAGUGUUGAUCCGGUGAGGUGUCCUGAUGGAACAUACAGUUAUGCUUCAUCAAUUGUGUGCACUUCCUGUCCUAUUGGUCACGUUUGUUCAUCACCAGCAGAUCCACCUCAGCCGUGCCGAGUUGGAGAGUACAGCAAAGGAAAUGCUACAGAUUGUAGUGACUGUGACUUAGGAUUCCUGUGUCCAGAAGGCAGUACAACUGCAAAUCCUCAUGACUUUGCUUGUCCGCUUGGCUACUAUUGUGACACUCUCACAGACAAGCAACCAUGCCCAGCAGGAACAUAUGGAAAUGCAACUGGAGGAACAGCUAGUGUUGAGGUGUGUGCUCCUUGUCCACGAGGCUAUUACUGUGAAGAGGGAACAGCUGGCUACCCAACUGAUGCAAAUCGGUGCCCAAAAGGGCAUGUAUGUCCAGAAGGAACCAACUCUGCAUUCCAGUUUCCAUGCCCUGAUGGGACAUAUCUUGAUGAGUUCGGACAAGACAAUUCAACAAAGUGUAGGCAAUGUCCAGUUGGCAGGUACUGCACUGGAGGUGACAGCUACGGUGGUGUUCUCUGCCCACGAGGUCAUUACUGCAGCGGAAGCACACGUUCGGCUAGCCAACAUCCUUGCCCGGCUGGAUACUUUACAGAACAACAAGGAACCGAGGAAUUGGCUCAAUGCAAGCGCUGCCCUGCUGGCUAUUACUGUCCGUCCGGAAUCAGUGCACCAAUCCCAUGUGACGAAGGUUACUAUAAUCCUCAUCUUGCUGCACCAACAAAUGACUCUUGCCGGAAGUGUAUUGCCGGUAUGGCCUGUCCAAGUAAAGGUCAAGCCGAGCCACUUGAAUCCUGUGCUGCUGGUCAUUACUGCCCUGAAGGAACAAUCCUCCCCAACGAACAACAAAAUCGUUGUCCUGCUGGAACUUACACUGACUUUCAUAACCUUACAGCAUCCCAUCAAUGCACUCCAUGUCCUGCAGGGCAGGCAUGCCUCCAGGGAACAGGAGGAAUUAAUAACCCACCAUUACCGUGUGCAGGUGGACACUACUGUUCAUUGAAGACAGCGAGACCCGACCAGCAUCCAUGCUCUGCAGGCUCAUUCUCCAAUCAAACAAACUUGCAGCGACAAGAAGACUGUGAAGAGUGUCCAAAAGGAUCCUUCUGUGUUGCAGGUCAAACAGAGCCGUCUGGUCUAUGCAAUAAAGGCCAUUAUUGCCCACCGGGGACUCAAUUAGGUACUGACUUCCCUUGUCCUGCUGGCACAUAUUCACCAUCGCUUGGUAAUGUUCGUGUUGAGAACUGCACAGUCUGUCCAGAAGGCCACUAUUGUGGUGAAGGAUCAGCUGAACCAACGCCCUGUUUGAAUGGUACAUAUUCAUCCAAGUUGGGUGCUAAGUAUUCAUCUGAAUGCAUCCUGUGCCCUGGUGGCUAUGAAUGUCCAACUCGUGGCAUGACCGAACCGAUUGAGUGUGGUUUUGGUUUCUUCUCUGAUGACAAUGCAAUUCACUGUAGUCUUUGCAGUUCUGGCUAUUACUGUGACAACAGGACAACACAUCGGACAGACAUGCAUCACAACAAAAUCUGCCCAGCAGGAAUGACAUGCAAGCAAGGUAGAACAAAGGCUCCCGAUUUGUUAUCAGAUACAUGUAUCACAGGUCAUUACUGUCUGGAUGGUGACUUGGAUCCUCUGCCCCGUCCAUGUCCUAAUGGAACAUUCAGCAGCCUGUCAGGUCUGAAAUCAGAGGUUGAAUGUGAACAGUGUCCAUCUGGCAAGUAUUGUAGCCCUCCAGGCCUCACAGCUCCGGCAGGUGAUUGCGCACCUGGACACUAUUGUCCUCCUGGAACAGUCUAUGCAUCUCAGUUUCCUUGUCCUGUUGGUUUCUUCCGCAAGGAGUCGUCGUCUCAUGAUGAUCAGUCAUGUGCAGUGUGUCCAUCUGGUAAUUACUGUCCCAACAAAGGGAUGGCAGAGCCGUUCUCGUGUGUACAGGGUUUCUUCUGUGUAACCGGAAGUAUUAAUCCACAACCAUGUCCACAAGGAACAUAUGGCAAUUCCACAGGUCUCCGAAGAAGCCAGGAGUGCACUCCUUGCCCUGGAGGCCACUACUGUGAUGGAUUUGGACUGCCGGCUCCACGAGGUCUCUGUGAUGCCGGAUUCUUCUGCAGAGAGCGAGCAUACACCUCUGUAAGGCUGGUACCUAAUGUCUUAAGUGUGUUUGUUGACUGUAGUGUCUAUGGAUAG